AUGGCGAUGGCCGUAUGGCGAUGGCCGUAUGGCGAUGGCCGUAUGGCGAUGGCCCGAUGGCGAUGGCCCGAUGGCGAUGGCCCGAUGGCGAUGGCCCGAUGGCGAUGGCCCGAUGGCGAUGGCCCGAUGGCGAUGGCCCGAUGGCGAUGGCCCGAUGGCGAUGGCCCGAUGGCGAUGGCCCGAUGGCGAUGGCCCGAUGGCGAUGGCCCGAUGGCGAUGGCCCGAUGGCGAUGGCCCGAUGGCGAUGGCCCGAUGGCGAUGGCCCGAUGGCGAUGGCCCGAUGGCGAUGGCCCGAUGGCGAUGGCCCGAUGGCGAUGGCCCGAUGGCGAUGGCCCGAUGGCGAUGGCCCGAUGGCGAUGGCCCGAUGGCGAUGGCCCGAUGGCGAUGGCCCGAUGGCGAUGGCCCGAUGGCGAUGGCCCGAUGGCGAUGGCCCGAUGGCGAUGGCCCGAUGGCGAUGGCCCGAUGGCGAUGGCCCGAUGGCGAUGGCCCGAUGGCGAUGGCCCGAUGGCGAUGGCCCGAUGGCGAUGGCCCGAUGGCGAUGGCCCGAUGGCGAUGGCCCGAUGGCGAUGGCCCGAUGGCGAUGGCCCGAUGGCGAUGACCCGAUGGCGAUGA